AAACAUUAAUAUUAUUAGUAUUUAUUAUUGAAGAACGUUCGUGCGCUGGGCACGCCUGGGAGAUCUCAACUAUCUGUCGGACACCGACGAUGCCAGACCAAUGGACUACCAAAUCGAAAAACGCGUAGUGCACCCGAAUUAUCAACCACCAUCAUUGUACAACGAUAUAGCGUUGUUCCGUUUGGACCAGGAUGUCAAGUUUUCGGCGUACGUACGGCCCAUUUGUCUUAACGCAGAUCCAAAAUUGCAGUCGAGUCCUUCGCAGACGGUGAUAGCAACUGGUUGGGGACAAAUCCACUUCAAUGGACCAUCUAGUCCGGAUUUAUUGAAAGUGAUUUUGAACAUGAUUCCGGCAAACCAUUGCAAAAGCAAUUACGCGUCGAUCGGGGUAACUCAGUUGGCGAACGGAAUACUCGAAGAAAGCAUGAUGUGCGCCGGCUAUGUGAAUGGUGAAAAAGACACUUGUGGGGGCGAUUCUGGCGGUCCGCUUCAAAUAGCGCACGACAAGUACUUGUGCAUGUACACGCAAGUGGGCGUCACGUCAUUCGGUAGGCUGUGCGCCAAGAAGAAUUCGCCAGGCGUUUACACGAGAGUGUCCAAGUUCUUGCCGUGGAUCGAACGAAUCGUUUGGCCCAAAAAGUUUGCCUGAAGUAAACAUAAUAUAGAUUAAGAGGAUGCCACACCUGCACUUGUUAACUCCGUUUUACAAAUACGUAAAGCAGUCAGCAAAGAAAAUUUUGCGUUCACAAUAAUACAUUUUGCACUGUAAAUUCUAAAAUAGAAGCGGAUUGGCCCGUUAAAAAUUUAAAUGUAAGAUUAUUAUACAGGGCAUCUUGGAGGAUUUUGUUGAUACAUAUUUUUAUUAAGAAGCAAGUUAUGACCUCUUUGAGACUGUAAAUUUUUUGUUUUUUUUUUUUUUUUGAAAACGAUCAUAACUCACUUAAAAAUAAUAAUAUUACCUUAACAUUUUAUUAUGAGUCAAUUCACUCUAAUUUUAAAGCUACAUAGCCAAAUGGGAUAUUGGUUACGUAAAAUUUGACAUGUUGUAUGUUUUUAAGACGGAGAAAGCACAUGCGUGGCGUCUUCUUAACAUCGCUUAUCAUUGUAUUCGGUAGUGAAUAAUAAACCUAAUUAUUGCAGCUAGUAAUCUGUAAGUAUAAUAUUCUUAUGCUGGGUUGCAUAAAUAAUUUAUUAAAUUUAAUGGUUCACUAAAAAUUUAAUGGACCAAUCGUGGGCCACUAAAUCUUGUUUAAGGGACCAUUAGCUCACUAUUGAUUCAUUAAAUUUUUUGUGCGACCCGACACUAGUCUGUUCAUUUUUAUUUUACGUCGUGUCUGACCCGGUGUUUUAAAGUGGUAUUGUUAUUAUGAUAUUAUUUUUUUUUAAUGACCACACAACAGAACAUAUUUUAAGAAAUUUUUACUAGGUGGCACUAUCACUAUGAGCUGUAAGGACUAGGCCAAAUACCUACCCCGGGUAUCUUAUAUGUUUUCUACUCAUAAAACGCACAUUUUGACGCCUGAUAACCCUCCCCACAAAAAUAUCAAUCAUUACUAAAAAAAAGGAUAAAAUAAAAAAGGCGAAGAUUUUUAGCAUUUAUACAUUAAAUAUAAUUAAAUUAUGUACAUACAAUAUAAUUAAUAACUUAAUCAAUCAUAAGAAAUAUAAUUUGUAUCAAAUCCGAUUUGAUGUGUAUAAUAUAAAAUAAUAAUUUCGAAAAAUGCCCUAGUAUAAAGUACCGAGUAGAGGAAUGUCUAAUCCAUAAAGUAUAGAGAUUAUGAAUGAUAAUUUUACAUAUAUUUUACUACUAGAAAAUAGAACCAAUGUACAAUAUUGUACAUACAUAAAAAAAACACAUUAUAUAUUAAUACAUUAUCGUAAAACUGCAAUAUCCAUUGCUAUUCAAUAAACUUAGAAUAUAAAAUUGUGGAUAUUUUAAUAACAAUUUUAACAUUUUAUAUCGGUAUCGUGUAAUUAUAAUUUAUAUUUACAUUUAUUUACUUGAGUUCUAUGAUAGUUUAUGAUGUUACUUUGGAAUGUCUUCCAAUUUAUGUGUUUGGCUUUUGCUUUUUUUUUAUUCUGUAUUUCUUUACCACAUAAUUUCACUGUUUUUGAAGACAUUUAAAAUUUAAAAAAAAUUACACUUGUAGUGUGUUAACAAACUAUCCAAUGUCCACUGACUAAAAUAUCAUGAAUACCUACUGAGUAACUGACGUGUGUAUAAUAAUAAUAAUCAGCUGGUUGGGAUUUGUAUAGCAGUGAUGAUCGCAUAAAUAUGCACUAUAAUAUAACUUUAGACAUAUUGCUAUAAAUGUUAUAAAAACAAUAAAAUAUGCAAAAAUAGUAGGUAUGCUAUUAUUUUUACAACUUUUUUUAAGUUAAUGGCGAAUAUUGUUGAUAGAAGUUGAUAUACGUAUUAUUACUACAAUAACUACAAUAUAACUAUAUAAGUUAAUCUGGUCCAUCGAGUCUCGACUGCAUUUACACAUUGUAUUUAUUCGGAUCUAGUUUAUUUAGAUCUCUGUAUGACUGUAUAUGUCAGUAUGUCACAGGUAUAUUAUUAUUAAAAUAUAUACGUAUGUAAGUA